UACUAUCAAUCAGUUUGAAACGUGUGUGGAAAAAUGAUCGUAUUAGAAAUAAUUCUCUACGUUAUUUUUGGUUUUUAUGUAACAUGUGGAAUGAACAAAGUAUGUAAUUCAAAUACUUGUGGAUACGUGAAUUGUUAUAAUGGAAAUUUCACAACGUUCGGAGAUUGGAAAUGCACGAAUAUACAUUAUCUCAAUUUUAUUAGUAAUAAUAUUAGAAUAUCUGAAUUGCGAAAGUUGACAUGUUAUAAGAUUAUAAAGGUGGAACUAUCAAGGAAUAACAUCUCCAAUUUGCCCAAUUUUGUGUUUAACGGUACUCAAAUUGAUCAAUUAUUUUUGGAUAACAACAAUAUAUCAAAGAUAAGUACAAACACAUUUCAUGGAAUGUCAGCUCUGACAGAUAUAUCUUUAAAGCAUAACUCGAUUAAGCUGAUUGAUCCUCAAUCGAUACCCAAAGCUUGGAUUGUUGAAUUGAGUAACAAUUUACUGGAAACGAUUGACGCUAAUAUGUUUGUCAAUAUAUCAUAUGUGAAACAUUUAAUUUUGGAUAACAAUUACAUAAAACGUAUAAAUGAAAAGAGUUUUAAAGGUUUUAUAGGAUUCAACAUAUAUUUAAAUUUUAACAAAUUGCAAUAUUUGGGAGUAAAAUCUGUUCCGGCUGUUGAAAGAUUGUCUCUGAGAGGGAAUCAGCUUUUAGAUAUAAACCAAAAUGUGUUUGUCAACAUCACCAAAUUAUCUUAUAUAGACGUUAGCUUAAACUGCAUACAAAAACUGAAUGUUUUGUUGAUCAAUAAAUAUUUUUGGAAAAAUUCAAUUCAAUUUGACAAUUGUAGCUCAGUGGAUAUUGAAGGAAACCAAGAAGAGAACAAACAGUUCACUGAAACUUACGACGAUAUGAAGAUUAUUGAAAACCAAGGCAACGCAUCAGAUCAAACAAAUGAAAUGGCGAAAAUAACAACUGAGAGUUUUCCGAUGGAAUGGAAAGUACCGUCAAUGGAAACCGAUGAUAUCUCUAAGAAAUUCAUCAUUUACGCAGAGAUUAUAGGAAUUUUGCUUUUGAUUAUAGCAAUUCAAACAGUACUUAUCAUUUGGUAUAGAUGGCGCACCAAUCCCAUUUCAAAUACAGAGACUAAUUUCGACAAUGGAGAAUACGUGGAACCUAUAAACGAAUAUGAAGAAGUCAACAAUUUUGUCAUAGAAAGAGAAUCCAAUGGAUAUUCUAUUUCAAAUACAGUGAGUAAUGAUAACAACGGAGGAUAUAUAGAACCUACAAACGAAUAUGAAGAAAUCAACGAUGUUGUCAUAGAAAGAGAAUCCAGUGGAUAUAUCGUCCCUCUUCCAGCUCUAUGAAGAUACAGUUGUAAUAAUCCGCACAAUGCUUCAUUUAUGAUUAUUACGGCUAAGUUUCAUUUUUGUCUAUCGACACAAAGAUUUCUGUCUAAAUUAAUUUUAUAUAAGAUUGUAUAAUAAUAAGAUAUAUUAGGACUACCCGACAAUGUCAUUAGAUUGCCACCAAGUAGUAUUAGGCUAAGAUUCCCAAAGUUAACUUUCCUCAGUUGCACGUUGUCAGUUGAUUCUACAAAUGAGCCGUAAUUUGUGGAAGUGGUAUAAGAAUAUUUUUUCAUACAUCGAGAUAUUUGCAUUAAUAUUUAUACGAUAACAUUUUAUAUCUAAAAUUCUUUUGAUUAAGUAAAUCAAGA